AUGUACCGCUACCUGCAACGCCUGGCCCACGAGCAGCCCGUUUACUUCUGGUCGUUCGCCAUUGGCCUCGCUGGUCCCGUCAUGGUCGCCACCGUUCCCCCUAUUCGCAAGUCGUUUGGCUGGACCCCCGCUGAGCGCAUCCCUACCACCUUCCCUCUCCCGGACCGCGCCCGUCGCCCAACCGUUGGCUACGAGGACGCUUAA